AAGAGUCCAUGAAGCCGGAGGCCUGAAAACAGUCUUAGCUGUGGCUUGUCACCUCUGUAGUCCACCAAUGACGUUUGUAAUACCCGAGUAGGCCGAGCGUCCAUUUCCGGGUAGAAUGGUGUAAACUUAAAAUGAAGAUUAAUCAUUGGUCGAUAUUCCACCGAUCAAUCACUUACCUGGCCUACCUGACAGGUGAGAGGGGCUUCCUAGCAUGAGGUGUCCGAAGUCACCAGGUAGAAACCCACGUACGACUGACAUCACAGGUGUGAAAAUUGCCUCAGAAGCUCAACGUCUGCCAAUCCGUAUAAAAGGUCAAAUUCAUCAUGCAAGUCCUCGUGUUGUUGGUGGCCGUGAUGGUCCAGCUCGCCGCUGGACAGGACGACCCUUUCGCUAUGUUUAAUACAAACACAAACAGUAUGAGUUCGGGGACACAGACCUCAUUCGGUCAGCUUCCACCGCCGGAGACCUCCUCAACAAAUACAUUUGGUCAGGCACCACCUGCAAAUACGCCCAAUCAGUUUGGUCAGCCGCAACCCACUGGACAACAGCCGCCUACGGCCACACAGUUUGGGCAGCAAAACCAAUUUGGUCAGCAAGUUCCGGCGCAACCUGCCGGCCAACCUACCAAUCAGUUCCCGACGAACGGUAACAACCCGCCGAUGUCCUUCCAACAACCCCAGCAGGGGGCAUUUGGUCAACAGCAGAACACGUUUGGAAAUCAACCCAAUAAUAACAUGAAUCAGAUUGGCGGUCAGCCUGGCAACAUGAAUUCCUUAGGCAACAGCGGGAUGAACCAAGGGAACAGCCAGCAACAGCUCACACCCGACCAGGCGUUUUUAGUGGGAGGACAAUGGAACCAGCAACAACCGCAGCAAAAUAAUGGUAGAACCAUGUUCUCCAGUUUCGACCCCAACAACCCGGCCCCAUUCCAACCACAAGGUCAACAAACCAGUUUCGGUAAUGGCCAGUUUGGUGGUACCCAGCAAUUUGGAGGUCCUCAGAAUCCAAAUCAGAACUUCAUGAAUUUGGGAACGUCCGGAAAUGAUUUGAAUACUUUUCGAGAUAACAAUCUUCCCGUUGGAGAAGUCGAUAAUAUCCGGUUUGGAAUUGGACCAAAUCAACAGCCGUUCCGUAUGGAUGCUGGAACAAUGAAUUUUGGACAAAACCAACAACAGAGACCUGCCGCUCCUGCUAAUAACUUCUCGCCCUUUUCUCCUUUCACUACCGGAGGCGUUGAUCCGGCAGGAUUUGGUGGCAUGCAAGGAGGCGGUAUGGGAGGUAUGCCGGGUGCAGGUAUGGGAGGUAUGCCGGGCGCAGGUAUGGGAGGUAUGCCGAUGGGGGUUAUGCCAGGAGGAUUUGGAGGCGGAUUCGGAGGCCCCGGACCCCAGGGAUUCGGAUCUUUCCUCCCUCCACCCCCACCCCAACCUUCCGGAGGCAUAUUCAGCAGACUGUUUGGCCGCGGGGCUGGCAGUGGCGGUGGUUUUUUCACGAGUCUUUUCGGGAAAAAGAAGUAAACACAAUCGUAGAGGGGCGACGUGAUAGAGCAGAAUCUGUCCUGUAGAUGUCACGUCACGUGCGGACCCGUUUAUGAACUAAACGAUGGAAUAUGAUAAAUUUUGUCCUGGAAAGUGGGAACGACUUUAAUUGUGCAUUAAUAUCGUAAAUCAUACUUUCCAAAAUUGAAAUUUUUCAAGAUCGAAAACUUAUAUGAGCAUGCUUACGUUGAUUGCCAGGAGCUUGCUGAUAACAACGCACACGUGGACAACAGGAGCAGCUUGUCCGAUGAUGCUGCGUUAUACCGGUCCCUGUGAUCUUUUACGCCUUGUUAAGUGCUGAACCGAGCCAAACUUUACGAAAUACUGAUGAACCCAGACAAACUUUACACAAUACUGAUGAACCUAAUCAAUCUUUAUACAAUGCCGAUGAACUUUGUCAAAAUAAACGCAAUGCUUAUGUACUCAAAUCAAGCUUUACACAAUAUUUAUAAAGCUAGUAAACUACAGGAUCAUACUUUGAAAUUGCGAAAUAAUAACCACAGGAAUCGGGCACAUUUACAUACAUCAUAAAUGAGUUUUGAUACUAAUAAUGUGUCGGGCACCUGUGGGAAUCAUAUCCCACCAAAGUCCCGCUCAAGACGUAAUUUCCAUAGUUGUUGUUUCUAUAGCAACAUGCAUUAACUAGAUAAUUGUACGAUUUCUUAAAUACACGAGUUUGUAUCGAACCUUUUGUAAGUGAUAUCCUGUAUAUUGUAUGACAGGAAUUGAUUUUGCGUUAAUGUUAUAUCGUAAAGAAGAAUAUGUUUUGUAUUUUGUUAUAAUAAAAUAAUUUUAAGCGUCUCACACUUAAAGUGAUGUAUUUGAAAUCGUUCACACAGUAUGAACGCUGUCGUCUUGCAUAACUAUUGAAAUUGACUGAGAGCGACUUUGUAUUUCACGACGAAGUAGUCUGGUACGUUUAGAAAAUAUUUAUCUGCUGCUAUAUACAAAGAGGCGUUACUGAAAUAUAAUGAAAUAUUCAACACAUUAGUGACAUGUGUUCAAAGACGGUGAUAAUUACACUAUAUAAAUGGCCUCCUUAUGAUGAUAACUGCACAUCUAAAAUGAUUAAACGUGAAAACUGCACGUGUAAAAUGUUUAUACUGUGAUAACUGCACAUGUAAAAUAUUAAUACUAUUAUAUAAAAGACCACCUCAAGAUGAUUAUAUUUGCGCGUGUAAAAAGUUUAUAAAUAUUGCACGUGUAAAUUUAUGUAUAAACCACCGAUAUAUAGUGGUAACUGCACGUGUAAAAUGUUCAUGCGGAGAUAACCACGUGUAAAAUAUUAAUAGUAUUAUAUAAACGUCCUCCUCAAGAUGACGAAAAGUACACGUGCAAAAUGUUUAUAUAUAUAUAAACGGCCUACUCGUUGUUGUCUUGUGAUGAACUGUUUAGAUGUCUGAUGUGCUCGUCGUUUUGUUUUGCCUUGUAAUCUUCCGGAUUAAAAACGUUUAAAAGCAACUUUC